AUGUAAGCUAAAAAACCAUUAGGAUUUUGGUAAACAAAGACAGAUCUAUUAAAGAAAUACAAAGAUGAAAAAAGAAAGAAAUUAGAUAGAUUUAAGAAAGAUAAAAAAUCUCUAAACUCUGAUAUGGAUACAUCGAACACAAGUAGUGGAGGAAGAAAAGCAACAUCCGAUUCGGUCACAUUCGAAAUGUCAGAACUCCCUCCUAUUUGGGUUGAAAUACACCACUAGACAGAAAAUCUUUUAAAAGAAAUAGUUGAUAUAAAAAAAGAUAUAAUAAAAGAGAGUGCAAUCAGGAUCAGAAGAUAGUUCAACGAUAAUGGAGAAUUAGAUAAUAAAAUAAAUAAUUUAGUUUAAGUCGCAAUGAAAAAAAUCAAAGAAGCCGAAGCCAACAUCUUAAAAAUAGAUAAGUUAGCCGAAAAAACAUAAGAAACUGACCAAGAAAAAAGAAUUAGAUAAAAUGUAAAGCUUUCAUUAGCAUCUUAAAUUUAAGAGCUUACUGUAGACUUUAGGAGAUAAUAAAAAGGAUUAUAUGAUCAGCUUAAGUAAUAUAAUAAUGUUGGUUAAACAGGUUUUAUGCAUUAAAUCGACUACACCUAACAAGAUUAGAUGAUGCAAGACUAGGAUAUGUACGAACAAAUAGCAAGAGAUAGAGAUGCUGAAAUAAAUAAAAUUGUUGAUAUGAUUAACGAGCUGUCAAGUAUUUACCAGCAAUUAGGGCAUCUAGUACUAGAAACUGGUACUUUAAUUGAUAGAAUUGACUUUAAUAUAACUUAAGCUAAAGAAAAUACUUAAAAAGCAAAUGUGCACUUAAAAAAAACUGUACAAUAUUAAGAAAGUCCAACAGCAAAAAGAUGCGUUUAAAUUCUAAUAAUAUUAAUUAUAAUCUUUGCUUUUAUUCUUACUCUAAAAUACAAAUGA